AUGUUCUCCAGUAACGUGACUACGCACUCCAUUCCAGCGUUGCGAAAUCCCCGUCGGCGCCAGAGAAAUAACUCAGAUGAGUCUGUGAAGCCACCCAAAGCGAAACGACAGCGCUCGAAUUUUCGGCAGGAUGGCGGUGAGGCUGCUGCGGCUAAGCAUAAUGUCGAUGAACGACAGCAACAACACGAGGAGCCUGUGCCAGAGGAGGUGAUUGCAAAUAUAUUGGGUGAUCUUGCUCUCAGAGGACCUAGGAAACCAGAAAAGCGCAGAGACCAUGCAGAUGGGGCCAUUACUCUUUCAAGCAAUGAUUUCUACACGGUUGCCCAUUUACCUUCGUUGCCUGAACAUAUCAGGGAAGACCCUGGUGCCCCAUUAAGAUAUACAAUCACCUCUUCAAAUGGAUACUGCCUUGCCCUUUCGCAACAUGAAGCUAUUGUCUGGCCAUACGCCAUCCCGCCGCAGUCACUUACUCCAAGCACGGUGCUUAAGUUCUCCAUACCGACCCCAUCGAAGUCCCCUGAUGACCCUCUGCCUUUAGGGACAUUCAUAUCCAAAUCCGCAGAGGGCAAUCCUGGCCUGAUGGUCGUUGUUCCUUCAACUGGGAAAAUUAGUCUUUGGGAAACAGUUUCAACUGCCGCUAUACUUGGGCUGAUGAAACAAAGGCAAAAUGGAAUUCAGGGUGAGAUACCUGGAGUGUUAUCGGGAGAAGUUGCCACGGAGAUCAUCAACGCUGAACCAUCAGGAAUCAUUAUUACUUUAUCCACUGGUCGUCUUGCGCAUGUGUCUAUUCGUGAUUCGCAAGGUAAACCGGGAAUUUCAGUUCAAUUACUUCGCGGGACAUCUCGUGGAGGCGGAAUUGGCUUUUUAAGUGGGAUAAGGAGUGUGCUUUCAGGAAGCUCGUGGAAACGGAGAGUUGCAGCCACCAAAGCUGGCAUGUCGUCUCAGCGUGGUCAGCGAGACAUCAUUAUAGCUACCAGCGCGGGGGAAUUUGAGCUGUGGGAUAUCCAUUGGAAUAACGGGAGCACUUUGAAAUCGCAGGUGGAUGCGAAACAAUCCAUAAUAAACGCUCUGGGUAGUACGUCAAAUAUCUCUGAAGAGGAAGCCCAGAAUACUUUCGAGGUUUUGGAUUUCGUGUUCGCAAGUAGACACCCGAUUGACUACGGUCCCGGCAAUCUCGAUGAUGCUGCUACUGGUGCCAUCUUGCUUUGGAUUCUUGUCGCUGUCUCGCAAAACUCGUCCUUAUCCUAUUUUAUUGUUGGUUUGAAGAUAACCCAUUCUGAGGUAACUGCUGAUGCAGUUCACCCCAUUAAUCUCCGGAACCAUUAUGUGGAACCUAAUUCUUCGUGGUCACCACAUUUGUAUGUCCCUAAGCCUGGAGACUCAGCCUUUGUGAUAUUCGACAAGGGAGUGGUUGUUUCAUCUCUCGCACCGUUUGGGGACCCGACGUCAGUUCAACUUUUAGAAAACAUUAACCCUCUCCCACCACCAUUCCAAGAUUAUAUCCGUUUCCGAGAAGGAAACGAAUACAUCGUACAGGGAUGUGGUUCUGAGGAUUGUGAUGACGAUUAUAUGUAUCCGUCAUGUGUUCUCAUGAUUCGCAACUUUGGUCUCAUCCGUGUUUCUGCUCUGCCUCGACAAUCUGCUGAUGGUGUUGACGGGAACAAAAUAACUGCCAAAUCGCGGCUUGAACAGGCCGUCUUUUACGGUAGUAUGAAAGUCAACCCCCUUGAUUUUGUUGGCUAUCACGAGCUUCGAUCAGACCCAACCGAGCUUGAACACGCGGCUUUACAAAUAAGCGACGAAAUUCUCCGAUGUCGCUCAAAAUUCAUUUCCACUACAACUCCAUCAAUAGGACAGCAAUUGAAAAUGCGAGCCAUGGCACUUCAUGAUCUUGCGGUUUACCUAAAGCGGUUCCAUGUGCAUCUCUCUCCCUUGGCGCGGUGGGAGCUCCUGUGGGGAGCAGAGAAGAUGGCUGCGCAGAGAGCCAUUUGGAGGGUACAGCAAGGAAAUGAGGAGAAUCGCACCAGCAAUCAGACGCAUCUUGCCUUGAUUCUUUCGAAAAUGGGAGAAAAUCAUAGGACGAAAAUUGAGUCUGGAAGUGGUGAAAGCGAUGUUAUUCGCCAUUGGUUUAUUUAUGAUACCUGGCGAAUGGAAUAUAUCAUUCCAUGGAUUUUGAAUGGCCUUAGAAAGGACGAGAGCCACAUGGGUCGUACGGUUGAUCGACAAUUUGCGGAACAGGUUUGUGAAGCCUGUGACCUUUCGCUGGCCGCUCUGGAAACUGCCUUCCAAUUCCGGGAAGAUAAUGCUACUCUAUAUGGAGUAGGUGACGAAUUUGCCGAUGAUGAUGCGGUCACCAUGGUGCAGUAUAGCGAUUUGCCAGAAUUUUGGACUUCGAAGCAGAUUAAUUACUCAGAAACGGAACAGCUUCUUGACCUGGAACUUAAUAUCUGUCGACGUCGUCCGGCAGCUACCGGAUCCGAUUCAUCGAAUACAAAAACUGCCAAAGUCCUCAACAAAAUCAAAGAAAACAUCCCUAGGCAAUUCAGGGCAUUUGCAUUACUGCAUAAGGAGCGAACUAUGUGGUGCGCAGCGCAAGUUGACCCCCAGAUACAAAAGAAUGGGAAAAUGCUUGAAAAAUCGCACGUGGAAAAUCGAAAGCCACAGUUGUUUAAACUGGCAGCAAUCGGCUUGCUAGAAGAGUCAAUUGCUCUCGCGGAAAAUUUCCGAGACAUGGACGCUUUGGUGGAACUGAUGGUAGAUCUGCACGAGCAGAUAAAGGAACAAAGACCGCCCAGGCGACCAGAAGGUGAUAGUUCAGGUCUUGAUGAAGGGACGAAGUCCUGGAAACUCAGGAUUGAUAAAUACUUCGAACGAUUUGGCGAAGCCUGGGCAGAUGCAUUCUUCACUAGACAUAUCAAUGUUGGUCAGCCGGAAACUUUACUCAUUAUGCAUGAGUACCAGGAAUACGUAACGAGAUUCUUACGAAGUCAUCCGGCCUAUUCAAAGCUGAGCUGGAUCAAUGAUAUUGUCGGUGAGCAUGAUUAUAGCGCCGCCUGUACGACCUUGAAGCAGAUAGCUGUCGAACAGGAGUUCGACCUUUGGAGCAAACGGGUCGAAGUCGCUCUUGCAAAACUCACUAGGCUAGCUGUGUUUGAAGCGUCCGGUUCUUUUCCCUCAAAUUUACAAACGCAAUUACAGCCAUUCGAUGAUUUGGUCCAGAUUUGCAAUAUUCAAGACCUGACUUACGAACAUAUCCUCCCCGCUCUCCACGGUGCAAUUGACGAAGGAGCCGCCCUCCAACUAGCAAUGGAACAAUUCGCUAAUCACGGUGUCCGCGGCAAACCUGCGCACCGUGAACUUCUUCAUCGCAGCUUUUCCAAACUCGUCGCCAGAACUCCGAUGGGUGCUGAGGAACUCAUCAACCUGCUGACACUUAUGGAUCCCGUCCAGUUCCUCGAAGGUGUAGAGUUUCAAGAUAGUUUGGCAGGGCGUGAAUUCUUCUUUGCAUUCACUGCACUGAAGGCUGGCACUUUCCCGCAUCCGGAGCAGCAGGGACAUGAGUAUCGCGAGGCGCUGCAAAUGCUCAUUUGGCGUCGGUGUAUGCUUCGUGAUAAUUGGGAGAUUAUCAACCGGGCGGGGGAGAAGGGUGACAGGGAGGUUGAGUCUAACGUCUUUAAUACAACGUUGGCGGAGACUGUGAGGCAGCUGGCUAAUGGGCUUGAUCGGAAUGUCCGUCUAUCGUUCCAAUCAUAUACACCAUCACGCAUUCUCAAAUCCAAUAUUUUGCCCUCAUGGUCUCAUGCCACACUGGCCCCAGACCAGCAAAUUAGUCUCGUCCAGGAGCUGGAUGCGGAAGCUGAUUUGCUACGCACGUAUAUCGAGAAGGGCAGGCUUGACGAUUGGUUCUCUUUGAUUAUUAACGAGACGAGGGGACGGCCUUCCACACCCGUUCGUGAAGAGUAUAAAACGACUAGUGUUGGGGAAAUAUAUUGA